UAACGGCUGCUUAGAGGAGCUGGGCUCCGAGAUGCGAUGCAGCCUGUACAGUACACCCACACCCGCACCACCCCGCCCUCGUCCUCGUCCUCGUCCCUGUGUCUUCUUCCUCUCGCCUGGCGUUAGCUUCGGGCUCGGCCUUGGCUAGCUCAUUUCUCCCUCCGCUCCUUCGCCGGUCUACUCUCCAGCGACCAAGAAGUUAAAGGUAGCUGGGCUGUGGCUCUGGCAAUGCCGCCACCCAGGGGGAGCCGGCCGGCCGGGUGCCAUGCCGUGUCUAUGCUAGGGCUGCUCGUCGUCGCAUCCCUCUGCUGCGGCUGCUUCUUCGUCGGCGCGCGCUGGGAGAACGUCGUGCUCCGUUCGGAUUCCGGGAGGAUGGAAAGAGCGGUGGUGUAUGCCGGUGAUCUGGAGGGUGACCACGGGGGCGGCAGGCGGCGGCUGCUGGCCGGGGGCCCGGGCCCCGGGUCGCACCCGCCGCGGUGCACGUCCAAGUGCGGCAGCUGCAGCCCGUGCGUGCCCGUGCACGUGUCCGUGCCGCCCGGCGUGAUGGUCACCACGGAGUACUACCCGGUGGCGUGGCGCUGCAAGUGCCGCGACCGCCUCUACAUGCCGUGACCGCCCGCCGCGCCGCUACAUGCAGCUAGCGCGCCACGAUGCGUCGGUGGCCACGGUCCAACGCCCGGCGGCGAGAAGAAGAUGUGCGGCAUGCCGCGUCCGCCGGGCGUACGUACGUACUGUGCCGGACAGGGGCGCGCACCGUCAGUGUACAUGUAUGGCAGUGAGUGACAGACAUGGGUGGUGCCGGAGUGAUGGAUGCACGUGGUGGGCUACCGUGGCAGGGCAAUGCCGGGCCGGGCUGCGUGUGUAGCUGUGGACGGUGCUGCUGCGUGCACUGGAAGAGUGUGGGCGUGGUGUGGCAGCACCGGCGCAAUGGACCUACCGGAGGCGGUGGCGCAGGCAGGCAGCUCCCCCAGGCGCCUCGGCCUCUUGGCAUGAUUUCCGUGCGUGUCAAUCUUAGGCACUGAAAUAUGCAUGCUACUCCUACAUGACAUUUCUCUCUCUUCUUGCAGCGUUUUUCCCCCUCUCAUCUUAGUGGUAUUUCGCUAUUUUGUGUCGCGUCCAUCGAUCAUCGCUUUUUUGUGCGGGAACAUCCGUCAACAAUUCAACAGUGUACGUAGUAAUACUGAUAAUUUAUAAUGUGUGAGAUGUACUGA